GGAGAAAUGUCGAGACUUUGAGAAUGGACAGCCAUCUCGAAGACAAUCAGCAGCAUCUCUUCAAACGCAGACCUCAGAUAGCCAAAGAGGAAAACACAGAUCCUCCAAGGUGAAGGAGCGAGCUCCUCCUGAACGUCUGCAGACACAGGGGUGGAUGUCCAAGCUCGAUGAACAUGGCAAGUGGAGGAAACACUGGUUUGUUCUCGGUGACACCUCUCUGAAGUAUUACCGGGACUCAGAAGCUGAGGAGUCAGAUGAUCUGGAUGGAGAGAUCGACCUGACAUCCUGCAUGAAUGUGUCAGACUGUGAUGUAGAAAAGAACUACGGACUCCAAAUACAAACAAAAGGAGCAGUGUUCAUUCUCUCUGCUGUGACGUCCAGAAUUCGGAGGAACUGGUUGAAAUUACUAAAGCAGGCAAUCCAGCACAACACACACCAAUCAGACACCGGCAGCGAGAAAGAGAACCCCCUCUCCCGGAGACUGUCGUCAUGCCAACCCCCUGCUCAGUUCACCUGCAAGGAUUCGGGCUAUGAACCUGCCACUUCCACCUCCACCACCACAGCUGCAAACUCCCACCAGACCAAAACCUACCACCAAGCAGCAGACAGAGAUCUGGGUGCUGACUUAUCUCCAGCCAGUCAGAGAGAGGAAGGGGAGGGCUGGGACCGCGAGCAGGCGAAGCGACUGGAGGAAAGGAACAAGUGGUUUGAGGAGGGGCUCCGCUUCAGUGAGAUGGGCAGCAGGUGGGAGUCCAUGGAGCUGAAAAAGGGAAGUGUACCUGUGCCUGUUAUUGAGACUAUCGACUUUGAGGUUAACAGGAAGUGGGCAGAAUUUGAGACGAUGUCAGUUCAGGACAUGAGCGCACAGUCUCUCAUAGGAGCCCAGGCUUAUCAGUCAAGCACCCCACAGGCAUCAGCAUCUCUACUUACUCCUCAGACAGAUCAUUCAUCACCCGAAGAGGCCAACCAGUCUGUUCCAGGUUCAAAAAACAAUACAUCAAACAUAAAGGAGGCUCCUUCAUCCAUAAAUGGCGCCCAGACCACUCAAAUGAAUAUAGCUGAAGCUCUCCAAAAAGAGGCUGUUUCUCUUAGAGAACAGGUAGAGAGCAUUAAAAAGGAGCGUGCAGCCAUGGAUAUAGAGAUGGAGAGCCCCUGUGGCCCUGGGGCCCCUUGUAGGGCCAGACUGGAAGCCAUGGAAGUAGCACACAGGAAAGCACUGCAGGAGCUGCAGGAGAACCAUGCCAAGGAGAUAAGAAUGUUGGAGGAGGAAAAAGACAGGAUGCUACAGGAGGAGAGCCAGGCAGCUGCGAAAGCUAUGGAAGCACUGAGAGCAGCUCAUAGAGAGGAACUGGAGAGAGAGUUGGAGAGGGCCAGGAAGUUGUUUGGAGGAGCAGCACAUGUGGAUUCACCAUACCAAGGGAAGAUAACUCGUGCAUUUGUGUGUGUCAGGCCCCAGGCGGACAUUCUGCACACUGAAUUAGAUGUGCUGUCAGAGCGCUACUCUCAGAAGUGCCUAGAGCUGAGCCGCACUGAACAGAACAGCAAGAGUCGAGAGUCUGAGCUUGGACACAAGGAGAAGGAGCUGGAGCAGCUCAGAAGAGAGAACCAGGACCUCAAGGCCAAACUGGUGGAAGAGAUCAGCCGUAUGCGGUAUUUUAUCACAGGUCAGAGGUCGGACGUGGUAUCCCUUUGCAACACUGAGCGCACUGCGUCAGAAUUGGAGACGCUACUAAGAGCAAAAGAAAAUGAAGUUCAGUAUCUUAAAAAAGAAAUCAGCUGUCUACAGAAUGAAGUGCAGUCGCUUACAAAGGAGAAAGAAGCAGCUUACGGGCGUUUUAAGGAGGCGUAUGUCGAGCUGAGCGAUGCGAGGGGACGUGGUCAGCUGGAGAUGGGCUCACUCAAUGAACACUUGAGACUGGCCAAUGCUGCCCUUCAGGAGGGCGCAAGACAGACCUGAGGAGAACCCUUAAAAAUGUAUUUUUUUUGACAAAUA